AUGUCGAAAUUUGAUGAGGUUUUAAGGCUGCUGGAAAGUGAAAACAUGGGUGAAGUUGCAGAUGCUCUAAUUGUUGAGGAAAUAGACAAUGAAACAUUGCCAUUUAUUACUGAAGAGAUGCUUGAAAAAUUGGGAAUAAGGCCACUUGGUAGACGUCUCAACGCAUUGAAACUCAUCAAAAAUGCUAGUGUAAUUCAACCAGAGUUACCAAAAAAUGUAAGUGGGCAGAAUGAAUCUACAACCAGUCAGCAUGCUGUUAAUGCUAAAGAUGUGCAAAAUAUUGUAGAAAGCUCAUAUGAUGGAAAGAAAGCAUCUGAUACUGCUGCAAAGUUACCAUGCCCCCUACCAUAUCCACCAUUUUCCCCACGAAUAUGUGAUGCAGAACGUAAUAACAACAUCCUUUUAGUAAGAGCUCAAUUGAUUCGUGAGACUGCAAGAUUUUUCCUAAGCUUAAAAUAUGAUUUGGUAAAACAUUAUGAUGAGAUUUGCCAACAUCUCUUAAAAAGAUUCCCUGACCUGCAAGAUGCUAUUAUUUUGCCUGGAGCUACAUGCACUUACAUAAAACUGAAGCAUGAUUUGGCCCAAAGCGUUCGUAAUCAUAAAAGAACCAGUACAAGCACCAGUGUUUUAAAAAAAACUGGUGAGGCACUGAUUACGGAACAGGGUCCACCCAUGUCGUCUGCAGAAAAUGCGCUGGUUACAAAAAUGCUGGAAGAGCUUCAUAGAGCAGCAAACAAAUCAAAACCAUCACAGGACCACAUCAAGAAAUUGCUGCUGGGGCUGAAGAGUAAUUAUAGUGAAUGGAUCAACUCAGAAGUCAGAAGUUUGAAAGACGUGAUAGAAAAAUAUCCUGUAUUGCAAUAUGCCAAAUGGGUCAGUAUUCAAGAUGGUUUUUCUAAAAUAAUUUACCAAGCGUGCCUUUUGAUAGGCACGACUGAGGAAGAAAUUGAUGAACGAAUGUCGUCGUUAUUUGAAAGCAUUAGAAAGAUAAUGGGGUCAAAAGAAGAAAGCGAUCUGAAAUUGGUAAUUUUCGUAGAACAGGCAAUCAACGCAAAAAAAAACGAAAGCGUCUUUCGGAUAAACAUGCCUGGAGCAAAACAAUUUCAACCAACCGCAGCGACGCCCACAUUAAUGGUUACAAUUUCAGAAGAUGGCGAAGAAAUUAAUCAAGGCUUUUUGUUUGUGGAUAAAGUUCUAAUGUGUGAGUUGGAGUAUCCUAAUGUCAUCGUUCUUUUAAAGCUGUGGAUUUCGGCACACUACGUUUUUAAUAUCGAAUAUGGCAAGGAUACCGUAAAUUUUGCCUAUCUCUUGGAAGACUGCGUUCUAAUGGAGCAUGGCCUCAAUAGUAUACAACACUACCGUAAUGCCAGUCAAGCCAAACGCCGAUCCAUCUCCCGUUCCAACAAACUGGAAAUUUUUUAUGGUCGCCUGAAGGCUGCUGGGUUGGAAAUAUAA